UCCAAUUCAAAACAAUAAUGAGCAUAAAUUUCGAAAUAAAAUUAAAACGGGAAAAUAAAAUUUAUUAUGAGGGAGAACUUUUGACGGGCUGUGUUCAAUUUCAGUGCCCCGUUGAAACAAAACACGAUGGUAUUGUCUUAACUUUGGAGGGUAUGGUAAAUCUUCAUCUUAGUAAUAGCAAAUCAGUUGGCUUAAUGGAGGCAGCUUUCUAUAAUUCGUUAAAACCCAUAACGAUUCUAAACUCCACUUAUGAAUUGUCAGCUCCUGGUAAACUAUUUGCCGGGGUGUCAGAAUUUCAUUUCGAAUUCCCGCUAGCGUGUAAGAAAGAACCACGUAUACUUUAUGAGACCUAUCAUGGUAUUUUUAUUUAUAUUAACUAUCAAUUGCGUUGCGAUGUUAAGCGCAGUUUCUUGGCGAAAUCAUUGCAUAAAAUACAGCAGUUCUGCAUACAAUAUAAAAGAUCUCCAUCUGAGGCAGUGAAACUAACUAACAAGGAAGUGCAUUUUAGUAUCAGUCCAGAUAGUUUACAAAAAAAUAUGAAGGAGCGUAUAACAAUGCCAAGAUUUUUAAUAACGGGCAAGUUGGAACGUACCGAAUUCUGCUUGACGCAACCUCUAAAAGGGCAAUUGACCGUGCAACACACGGAAGCUGCCAUUAAAUCUAUAGAAUUGCAAUUGUUGCGCAUAGAGACUUGCGGAAGUGAAGAGGGCUACGCCAAAGAUGCUACCGAAAUUGAAACUAUACAAAUUGCGGAUGGCAACGUUUGUCCUAAGUUGGACAUUCCUCUUUAUAUGAUACUACCCCGUUUAUUUACUUGCCCAACUUUAAUAACAAAAAACUUUAAGAUAGAAUUUGAAGUAAAUUUGGUGAUUAUCUUCAAGGACGAUUAUCUGAUAAGUGAAAAUUUUCCAAUAGUUUUGCAUAGAUUGCAUGGAAAUCCAAUAUAAACACCGUAAAUGGAGUGGAGUAGAUGGAGAAUAUUUUUAAAGGAUAUUAAAUGAAAUGUGGAAACGAAAUAGGUUAUUGAAAUAAGCGUUAAUCAACUUUCUUGUAUGCUAUUUAUUCAAUGUUUAUUACUUGAACUUUUCUACAUACAAGGAUCUUUCAACAAGAGGUUAUUCUAACCUUAAUCGGACCACGUGUUUUUAUAACAAAUCCUAUCACGACGCUCCUCACAGUCUCGCAGUUAGAAAGGAGUGCCGCGUCUUGUACAGAAGUUGUUUAUAGCUUACAUUUAUUUAUUUAUCCAUAUAAGCUAUAUAUAAACAUAAAAUCUUAUACAUAAGUUAUGUCUUUUUUUCGAAUUAUGUAGAAAUAAACUAGAAUGUUAUUUU